AGGGGGAAGUUGGACAUGGUUGGUAAGAAGUCAAGGAAGGGCAGAGCUGCUGCAAACUCUGAUGAAGCUGAGCACGAGGCUGCCGCAAGCUCUCAGAGUGAGAAGACGCUCUACGACCUGCUCAACGUUAGCAAGGAUGCCUCCAUGUCCGAGAUCAAGAAGGCAUAUCACAAACUCGCCAUCGAAUGUCAUCCUGACAAGCGACCUGACGAUCCAGAGGCUAAAGAGAAGUUCCAACAGCUGCAAAAAGUGAAGGAAAUUUUGCUAGACGAGGAAAAGAGAAAAGUAUACGAUGAGACAGGCGUCGUUCCGGGAGAUGGCUGCUUUGAUGGACUCCAAGGAAAGUCCUUUGCCGAGCUUUACGAAUACUAUCGGGCAAUUUACCAACCUGUUACCGAAGAAGAGUAUCAGUCUUGGGAGAAGAAGUACCCUGGAAGCGAGGAAGAGAAACAAGACGUUGCAGCAUUCUACAAAAAGAAGGCUGGUAACAUGUCACGGGUGUGUGAUUACAUUCCAUUCUGCGAGGAAGAAGAUUGCUGGAGGAUCAAAACGAUCAUAGAUGAGAUGAUUCAGAAAGGAGAACUGGAGGUGAGAGGAUAAAGCAGCUUACAAGAAGUUCAAACCCAAGCAAUACUCC